AUGGGUGAUCCUCUUCUGAUGCUUCACUUCCUCUUCCUCUUCCUGCUCCUCAUCCAGAUAUUUCCAGCCGCAGUAGCAACAUUAUCAACCUUCCCAAUUGCAAAGCCUGGUUGCCGAGAUAUCUGCGGUAACGUUUCAGUUCCCUACCCUUUUGGCUUCGGCAGUAACAAUUGUUACAGAGACACAACCUUUGAGGUAACCUGUAACGACACUUAUUACAACCCUCCAAUUCUGUUCUUUGGAAACACGGAAGUCCUAAAUAUUUCAUUACAAGGCCAAAUCCGCAUAUUGAACUUUGUUGGUAGACAUUGCUACGACUCAAAGGGCAAUACUAUUUCUAGCAACUACCCCUUAUUUAAUAUGAAUAACUCCCCUUUCACCAUCUCUGAUACAGAAAACAAAUUCACAGCUCUAGGUUGUGACACUUAUGCUUAUAUCAAUGGCUCUGAUGGUAAACAAUUCAGGAGUGGCUGUGUCAUGUCUUGCACCAACAAAGACGACUUGAUGAAUGGUUCUUGCACAGGCAUCGGUUGUUGUCAGACCUCCAUUCCAAAGGGUUUCAGAUCCUUUGAAAUAUCUGUUGGAAGCUUCUAUAAUCAUAUUUCUGUUUAUGAUUUCAAUCCUUGUAGCUAUGUUUUCGUGGUUGACUACAACUGGUACAACUUCUCCACAUCAGAUCUCUUGAAUUUCACCAAUGAGAUUGAUGAAUCAGGCUAUGCCCGAGUUCCUAUGGUGUUUGAUUGGGCCAUAAAUUGGCCAAAGAAUCAGAGCAAUAGAUCUUGUGAAGAAGCUAUGAAGGAUAACAGUUACGAAUGCGGCAACAACACCAUCUGCAGUGUCUCCAAAAACGGUGUUGGUUACAUCUGCAACUGUUCUCAAGGUUAUCAAGGAAACCCCUAUCUUGGAUGCCAAGACAUAAAUGAAUGUGCGUAUCCAAAUAACAAUCCAUGUAUCUACUCUUACUCGUGCACCAAUCUUCCUGGGAAUUACAGUUGUUCUUGCCCAAAUGAUUAUCAAGGAGAUGGAAGAAUAAAUGGGAGUGGUUGCACCCAUAAUCCAAAGCAAUUCCCAGUAAUACAGGUCACCGUAGGUAUUGGAUCAAGCCUCUUGUUUCUCCUUACUGGCAGUUUAUUGGUGCUCUGGGCACUUCGGAAGAGAAACCUUAGCAAACUGAAAGAGAGAUUCUUCAAGCAAAAUGGAGGUCUAUUAUUGAAGCAACAACUAUCUUUGUAUGAAGGACGAUCCACGGAAAGUGCGAAAAUCUUUACAGCUGAAGAACUAAAGAAGGCAACAAACAAUUAUGCUGAGAGCCAGAUAAUUGGUCGAGGAGGCUAUGGUACUGUAUACAAAGGAAUUCUACCCAAUAACAAAAUUGUUGCCAUUAAGAAAUCAAAAUUAGUCGAUGAAAGUCAGAUCGAGCAAUUCAUAAAUGAGGUGGUUAUUCUCUCCCAAAUUAACCAUAGAAAUGUGGUAAAGUUAUUGGGUUGUUGUUUGGAGACGGAGGUUCCAUUGUUAGUGUAUGAAUUUGUUACCAACAAUACCUUAUCCCAUCAUAUCCAUGACGAAGAAUGCAAGUCUUCGAUUUCAUGGGAUUAUCGUUUGAGGAUAGCUACCGAGACAGCAGAGGUACUUGCAUAUUUGCAUUCUGCAGCUUCACCGCCGAUUAUUCAUAGAGAUAUUAAGUCUACUAAUAUUCUCUUGGAUGAUAAUUAUACUGCAAAAGUUGCAGACUUUGGAGCUUCCAGGUUGAUUCCGGCGGACAAAACUCAGUUAAGUACAUUAGUUCAAGGAACUUUGGGGUAUUUGGAUCCCGAGUACUUUCAUUCAAGUCAAUUGACAGAAAAGAGUGAUGUGUAUAGCUUUGGUGUGGUCCUUGUGGAAUUAUUAACCGGAAAGAUAGCACUAAGUUUUGAUAGACCUGAUAAAGAGAGGAAUCUAGCAAUGCAUUUUGUUACUUCAAUGAAGGAGAAUAGUGUUUGGGAGAUUUUGGAAAGUCAAGUUUUGAGAGAGGGUAACAAUGAGCAAAUCUAUGAAGUCAUGGAGCUUGCUAGAAGAUGCUUAAGAGUGAAGGGGGAAGAAAGGCCAACGAUGAGGGAAGUGGCAAUGGAGCUUGAGGGCUUGAGGAAGUAUGUCAAACAUCCUUGGGUCUUACAAAACCCUGAAGAGGUGGAAAGCUUGCUGCAUGGUGAUCAACCAAUAUUAGACUUGGAUAGUCACAACAACCCUAUUGGUUAUGAUAGUUUGAGAGCUCAAGGGAUUAGACCAUUGAAUAUUGAUGGGCGAUAAUCCUAAAAUUUUCUGCUCCUUAAGCUUCCUUGUGUAACAUUUCUUUAAUUGUUAUGUUCUGUUGUAUGAA